UCUUUCCUUUCCUUUGAUUGACGAAGAAAAAAAAUGAAUCAUGAGCGAACGACUUAAACGAACUGUACCUUGUAAAGGUAACUUCAAUGGGAAUGACUGUACUUUGGCUUUUGCUCUGAUUUCCGAAAUUAGAUUGCAAAAAGAAACGACGAAAAUGUGAAUGGCUGCCCGGGGCAGCGGCCUGCACUCGGUGUGCCAAGCAACAGCGAGAAUGCGUAGUCCGAGAUGGCAGUAACGAUGCAACCACCUCUGAUACUGAAGAUGAAGAACAACUCCUCGAUGGCAACAAAGAUUUAGCGGUCAUGACCAAUGUUGUAGUCCAGUUGGAAUCCGAAUUACACCGUUUGGAACUUUUGCUGCGGAACGAGCGUAGUCGAGCACCUAGUCUCACCAGCAGUUCGUCGUCUGAAUCACUCUCAUCGUCCUCAUCGCCCCCCUCCUUACCUUCUCCUAUAAUAUCUCGGUUGUUAUCUCCCGCUUCCAGCUUCUCAUCCAUCACCUCUCAGCCAUGUCAGACUGAUUCGUUGAUGUCUCUCGUCCCCUAUUCGAAUGGAAGUCCUUGUCAAUGCGGCCAGAAUGACCAAUUUUGCCAAUGUUGUCAAAAUGCCAAGUACGAGUGGAAUCUUUCCAUCGUUGAUGGCCAGCUUCGCUUGGAAACCGGUAUCAAGUCUGUCCACGAACUGAUUACGUUUAGUCAAACCAUGUUGCGCAGCCUGAAUCCGUUUACAGGCGAUUUGGAGAAUACUGCCCACAGUUUCAAGGUCGUUGCACCGAAUGGAAUUAUGACGUUGGUGCGAAAGUACCUUUCUGGUAUCCAGGUAAUACCACCACUCGUUCGAAAAUCACCGUCUUUGCUCCAGGAUGCAUUGUUCGCCAAUCCUCGGCCGUUAGUGGACCAGUUCGUUCGAAUCUACUUUAAAUGCUUCAAUUCAGCCGUACCCCUUUUCUACGAGCCGACUUACAUGGCAUACUACAACUCGUUAUCCGAUCCGUUUAGCUGUAUCGUGACGAUGGCCAUGUGUAACUAUGUGGGCAGCAGUUCGUGCAAACAUAUUCCAUUCACACCAGACGAACGCCGUCGAUUAGGCGAAUACUUUUUCAGUAUAUGGAAAGAUCUCCUUGGAGAAACUUUUGACGAUCCCAAUCGACGAUUGGAAACCGUGAUGUCGAUCAAUCUGAUCACCAAGUAUCUGCAACAUGUACUAAGAAUAUCGGAAUCACAAAAAUACGCGGCCAUGGCGCAUCUGAUAUGUCAAGAUUUAAGAACAUACUACGCGGAUGACCGAAAACCGAUUGUCGAGCGAGCGCUUUUUCAACGGCAUUACGUGCUUGCCGAACAUAUACGGGCGAUGAAUGAAUUUCUGGAUGACAAGGAGUUUGUUCUUCCAGUCAUUGAGAACGUGCAAUUUGAAGUGUUGCCUCUUGAAUCUGAUCUUGUGAAAUCGUUCAUCGAAAUUUUUCAACACAUUCUGCGACUCAUUCGGCAUCCUUAUGUGGUUAAUUUGGUGCGACAAUUUGGAUGUAUGCAUGCCGGUCAAGAAGUGGAAAUGACAUUUGAAACCUUUUUCCGAUGGGAGGAAAUCAUCCAACAGUGGUGGUACACUGUUCCAAAAUAUUUGCGAAUAACCGCGAAUCCUAUCGAUCUGAACACCAGGAUUAUCAUCGAUUCGUCUGUCACCGAACCACAGCUCAUGCUUAUUGUUUUCUUCCAAAUGUUCAUGAUCAAUAUCAGCUCAUGCUUACUGCAUCCUAUUGACAAUAUCCAUGUGGACAAUCAUGCUUUGUUGCAACUCAUCCAAGAUCACGCGGUUCGUGGUUGUCUACGUGGAACACAACUACUGUUGGACACGGCCAAAAAACUCACCACCUCAUCCUUAUCAUGUCAUUUUAAUACCGAAUUUCUCCUCGACGCCGUGGAUACUCUGGCCAUCUUAAUCCGAUUCCCCGAUCCUACUGUCGCUGACAAGGCGAGGGGGAUAUUGGAGGCAUGUCUGUUAGAGGUUAAAUCGGCGCUGAUUACCGAUGGUCACUGGCGAUCCAUGUCCUUCUCGUCGUCCAUAAAAGUCAAUCAACCCGAAGAUUACGUUUCAUUGAUCAAACAAUAUGAUCAAUAUCCUCUUCCAUUUUACGCACUACUCUGCCAUGUUCUCAAGAUCACGCUCAAUGAUAGCGGCUUCAUUCUGCAAUAAUGCGGGACUGCAUCAUGUAUUUUUUUUUCUCCUUCUGUACUUCAUAUGAAAAUAAAGAUAGACUCUGGAAAUGGGGUUCUAGAGUGAUUUUUUUUUUUAAAAAAAAAA